AUGCCAGGCGUUUCUAGCACCGAAAAGCCUCAUUCUCCUUCAGGUACGGCGACUGCGAAGGCUAUCCAUGACGAGAACUUGCACGAGCAAGUAGUGGUAGUUCGCGCGGGCAAGCGCAAAUCUGACAGCCCUCUACAGCCACCUUCGAUGACAUCAGUGUGGCCAAAAAAGAUAAAGGAAGCCAGAGAGGAAGUUACAGAGUGA